GACCACGAGGCUGAGCGCGCUUGGGAGAUUUUUUCCCCCCCUAUAAAUGGCUUAAACCCUCGGUUUAGACGACUCACUUGGACAUUCGGGAGACAAUUGCUUUCUUGUUCAUUGCGGGUGGACCCUGUCUCCUGGGUUGACCUGGAAUUUAAGGAGCCCCUCCCUAAACUACUAGAAGAUAAGCCAAACCUGGGGCCAAGUUGGGAGGCUGGGUCGUCAUUCUGGUUGGAGCUGACGCUGGGUAUUGAACCGUCCAGGCUCGGCUUUUCUGUCUUCUGUGAUGGACUGCAGUAAUGGAUGCCCGGCGCCCUUUGCUGGAGAAAGAGGAUCAGAAGUGGCCGAGACUUUCAGGGCCAAAGACAUCAUCAUCACACCAGCCACCGUGUUAAAGGAAAAGCCAGACCCCGACUCGCUGGUGUUUGGAACUGUGUUUACCGAUCACAUGCUGACGGUGGAGUGGUCCUCGGCGUCAGGGUGGGAGAAGCCUCACAUUAAGCCCUUUGAGAACCUGUCUCUGCAUCCUGCCGCCUCCGCUUUGCACUACGGUGUGGAACUCUUUGAAGGCUUGAAGGCUUUUCGGGGAGUUGAUAACAAGAUCCGGUUGUUUCGACCAGACCUCAACAUGAAGAGAAUGUACCGAUCCGCCGUGAGGACCACUUUGCCUGUGUUUGACGAGGAGGAACUUCUACAAUGCAUUCUGCAGCUCAUACAGAUAGACCAAGAGUGGGUCCCUUACUCCACCUCUGCCAGUCUCUACGUCCGCCCCACAUUUAUCGGAACCGAGCCGUCUCUUGGAGUCAAGAAGCCAUCCAAAGCCCAGCUCUUUGUGAUCCUGAGCCCUGUGGGAUCUUAUUUUUCUGGUGGAACAUUCAAUCCAGUGUCACUGUGGGCCAAUCCAAAAUAUGUCAGAGCCUGGAAAGGUGGAACUGGGGACUGCAAGAUGGGCGGCAAUUACGGUGCAUCCCUUCUGGCGCAGUGUGAAGCAGCGGAGAAUGGUUGUCAGCAGGUCCUCUGGCUGUAUGGCAAGGACGACCAGAUAACCGAAGUGGGCACCAUGAAUCUGUUCCUCUACUGGAUAAACGAAGAUGGAGAAGAAGAGCUGGCGACGCCUCCACUAGAUGGCAUCAUUCUCCCGGGUGUGACGAGGCAGAGCAUCAUCCAGCUGGCGCAGCAGUGGGGUGAGUUUAAGGUGUGUGAGAGGUACCUCACCAUGGAUGACCUGACCACCGCCCUGGAGGGGAACAGAGUGAAGGAGAUGUUCGGCUCAGGGACGGCCGGCAUUGUCUGUCCAGUCUCAGGAGUUCUGUACAAAGGCCAGAUGCUGCACAUCCCAACAAUGGAGAAUGGGCCCAAGCUUGCAAGCCGCAUCUUGGAAAAGUUGACCGAUAUCCAGUACGGAAGGGAGGAGAGUGACUGGACAAUCGUGUUACCCUGAUGGAAAAUCUCAGUGGGUCGAUGGUGUGCCACAGAAGACAGACCUCUGCCCCGAACCGUGACCGCCUGUUUAGUUUUCUAUGUUAGAGAUGCAGUGUUUGUGUGUUACCAAGUUAAGGUUUUUCCUCGAGCCACAGAAAUUGUCGGUACCAGAUAUCACCCGUAAACGCGGUAGCGACUGGUUACUGUCGUUUUCUCUACUGGAGCUUUCUCUGAGAAGAUAUCGAUGCCUCCCUUUGUCCUGCACAAGAUCCAAAUGUUCGUUAGCAGAAGGUAGCGUUCCCCCAACCACUGAGACGUCUGUAUGUGCAGAAGGAUGGCUGAGGACAUUUCAUAGGUGGUGUCCCUGUGGCUCAUGGGUAGCCUUGGGAACACUCAGCAGGGCUUUUUGUUAUUGUUGCCAGUGAGGUUUUUUUGGGUUUUGGUUGGGAGUUGAACUCUCUAGGUAGCCCUGGCUGGCCUGGUACUCCCUGAUGUCUGCCCAAGCUGAUCUCAGACUCAACACCGUCCUCUUGCCUCCGCCUUCUGAAGCCGGGUGACGGCUGGGCAUGGUCAUGUCUUGAUUUGUUUUUUGUCUUUGAGUCAAAAAUGCAGUCACCUGGAUUUCUUCCCUCCGUGCUUUUGUAGGUCCUUAAGUCCAAGCUAAGGAGGAACUGUCCCUCCCUGGUAUCAGGGUCUGCCGCAGUUUCACCUGGAGGGUCUCUGAGGCUCAAGCUCAUUGCCCCCACUGCCUUUUGUAUAGUAUUAGAACUGCCUGCUCACCAUGCUGCUAUGGACUAGGGGCCCUAUGCCUUCUAGAUGGUUGUAUCCUCAAAGCCCAGCACACGAUAGGUGUUCGGUACGUAUUUACUAUAAAAACAAACACUGAAGCGUGCUUCCUGUCUCCAUGCUGGACCACUUUCGGAAGCCAUGCCCGAUUCUGGAAGCACGCUGCAGCAUCACCUCACACUGUCUUUCUUGUCCACUGACUCCUGCAUCAUGGUCGGUUGGGAGAAUGAUGUUACAUUUUAAGGUUAUAUUGGAACUGAAGUGAUUGCCCUGGACAGAAUUCAUGAUAAAGUGCCAACCACAUGGAAAUGACAAUGCUGUACUUUGAGUGUUAAAUGCCAAACAGAAGGGUAGGUAGGAAGACACUCUGGGUUUUGAUCUUCAUCCACCUUUUGUGCCAUUCUCUUGGGUGAGCAUUGAUGUGCCACCUGGCUGGGUAACAGAAUAAUUCCAGACAGUGUUUCCCUUGUUUAGGGACUGUGAGUGGAAAGGUCUUUCAUUUCCCGGUUUAUCCAGGAGAGAGUCGUGUCUGCUCUUUAGCCUUUGCGUUCAGAGUCAGGAGCCUGAGUCUAAAUAGACAGUGGUGUCCAGAUGUGCUCCCACAGAUAUCUGGGCAGCCAUAGCUACACACAGGAAGCCUGAGUUACACAGGCCCAGGAUUUGUGCUCCUUUGCUACCUCGCCUGGUGAUGUUGGUGCGGAGAGCAAAUGAGUACCACAAGCUUUGACAUCAGAGAUUAUGGGAGGGAACAGCGUCAGCACAGGGGCCACAUCUUUCUUAAGCAGACAGAAAGAGGCAUUGUGAGCAAGGCUUGGCUUUCAGGGAACAUGGUCAGAAGGUCUUGAAGGGACUUAAAGGGAUGGUAGUGCAAAGGUGGUGACAUGCGGACACUGGGUGAAGGGUUUAUAGAAGCACAGUUAUGCACUCAGAGGUGGCCUUGGGCCACAGCCAUGUUGAGUGCAGCGCUCUAUGUUUGUGUUAAGGACCCGAGGUGGUUGUAUUCUGCAACAGAUAAAUUCUUCAUUGUUGGCAGGCUCUUCAGAUCUGUGAUUAUGCACACUUUGCUGCUGUCAAUAAAACAACUGAAAAGCA